AUGAAGACGAGAACUUUGGUCAUUUUCUUCUUCUUGAUUAUUGGUCUAGCUUCUGAGUUGAGUGUGGUUAAACCGUUUGCAGAGGCCAGGGAUUGUCGAUCACAAAGCCAUGGAUUCCAUGGGGUAUGUCUAAGCGACCAUAACUGCGGUCAAGUGUGUCGCAACGAGGGUUUCACCGGUGGUGAUUGUGCUGGCUUUCGCCUCCGUUGCUUCUGCACUCGCACUUGCUAGCUAGUAAA